AAGACAAACCACGAAGCCAAUCGAACUGAUCAACUGCAAUGAGGGUGAUUGCUCCAUUUAUGAUUCAAGAUUGAGGAACUUUCUCAGCUCUGCAAUGUCAGAUGAUUUCAUCUCGGUUUUAUCUCAAUCCCCUUACGCUGUAUUUCUGACGGAUGGUUCGGAGUUGGGAGACGUGUUUUUCAAGUGUGGCCGCAUCUUUUUCGCCAGCUUUAAUAAAGUGAAAUUUGGAGAUGCCGCUCUCGCUUGUGCCAAGCGAAAAAUGCAAUUACCUACAAUUGAAGAAGGGGCAAACAACAUGGAAUGUCUCGCGCCAGGCAUGGACGACAUGUCAUUCGAUACCGAGAAAUACUUUUUCAUCUGGACGAGCGCAAUGGCGGAGGGGAGCAACUGCAGGAAUGCGGCGUAUUCGUGGUGCACGGGAAACAGGAGCAGCAUCAACCCCACCGACGUGGGCCUUCCGACAACGGUUUCGCGAAAGGAACGCUGCGUCGCGCUUUCCAGGAUGAGCAAAACGCUCGUCCGCUUGAACUGCGCCACGCCUACUUACUAUUUCUGUGAAUAUAAAUGCAAGUCGGUUACCUGCCUGCAAAGCCAAGCCUGCAAACUAGACGCAUCUCUGUUCGAAAAUGGGGAUGUCAAUGGAUUAAUAAGGAGACUCAAAGUGGAAGGGUAUUGGGCGGAAUGGCAAAGGAGGGAAGACGAUUUUACCCUUUCUUACACAAGCUAUAUAUUUGGCACCGAUAGGAUGACUUGGACAGGCAGCAUGAGGAUGUGUUGCGCCUUGGGAAUGAUGCCCAUCAGAGUUACGGAUGAAUUUCUGUACGCACUCAACAAUGUCGGCAAUGCGAACAACAAAAUUACGAUAUUUCAUAAUCCAGCAAACCCCCUAAAACCGAACACAACGGAGGAUCGAUGGUACAUAAAAACGAGUUUCUGGACUGCCGCGACUCGGCAGGGUUGCGCAGGGCAGUACCGCUUCUGCAGGUACGACGACCUGGGACCGUGGGACUCGCAGGGAGACUUCUGGAGCAUGCUCAACCCGCGCGACACCGGAUCGUGUCUGGCCAUCGACCGGCAGUACACCGUCGAAGGCGCGCCCUUCGGGGUGCGGCAGGUCCAGUGCUCGUCGCGCAGCGGAAAUUUCGCCUGCCAGAAGGAAGGAAGGCUCGACAAAGUCGUCAAUUCAGAAAAAGAGACCAGCGAUCAGAGAACCAAGAACAAUUGCGAUCUACCUGUCUGCCCUGAUCUGAAAUAUUGCCAAUUUGACAAUAUUCACACUGCAACUUACGAAAACGAGGAUCAAAUUCUUGUUAAACCGUACCGAUUGGGGGAGUGGAAAACAGCUUGCGGUGUUCGGUAUUUAAUACCAAAAGAGAAGAUGAAUUGGGAUGGUGCGCUAGAGCACUGUUGCAAAUUAGGAAUGCGGCUCUUGACUCUGCAGUCUGUCGAAAAGCUAUCCUGUCUCGAUGGCGUCUUAAGUGACGAUGAAACUACCUACUGGACGUCGGGGACAAAUGGAAACUGUUCAAACCAACGAUUCCGUUGGUGCUCUCCAGAAAUUAAAGACUUCAUGAAGCCAAGUUUGAACCUCGAACAAUCUACACUUAAAUUUAAUCCAAUCAUGCAAGUAUCUAAGCUAUCUUCCAUGACUUCAAGGUUAUGCGUCGUUGCAAAAAAAUCACCCACUUUGGGGCCUAUUUUGGGUGUUGACAUCUGCUUUCUGUUCAACAAAGUCAUUUGUGAAGGUCGCGUGCAGGCAGAGUCGCAUCUGCAAGAAGUUUUUAAUGAAUGCAAAGCAACACACCGCGUUCCGCAACGGGAUUUAGAAAAAUUCAACACCGUCCCAUUGGAUAGCUUCUCGUACAGGAUGAAAUGUUUUUCGACUUGUAUCGCGGAACUUCUUGGAUUGAUUUAUGGCAGUAGUGAAUUUUGGAAGGAUGUAGCCGAGAGAUCUAUUUCAAGAGUAACAGAAGCACGCGCGCUUGAAGACUUUGCUUCUGUCAUGAAACAGUAUCCGUUAAGCAUGUUUAAGAAAGCGGCUGAUAAUUUGGACGCGCUGAAAAUGAUGCUGACAGAGCAGAGCAAACAAGAAUCCUGGAAGGCGACCUUAUUUAUUAAUUACGCGCUUGACAAGUUUUGGGAAUGCAUCAAAGCCGUAAAUGAGAGCAGAGUUCAAGAUGAAUGCUCCUUUGUGCACAAUUUCUUGAAAUGCUAUACCAACGGGACCGCAUCCCUGGAAAAAUUCUGGACAAGGAAUUUGGACAACAUAUUCGACCCACGAGAAUAUGCUCUAACGUUGAUGAAAUCGUUUACGCAGUCCAAGCCGGAAUUGGACGCGUCUAAUUCUAAUUUCCAACGACAAUCAACUUUGACUUUAAUAUCAAAAGACGAUGUCAGAGAGAGCCAAAAAUUUGUGAGAUACGUCAAUCUUGUCUCAAUGACGGAAGAAUACACAAGCUCAAAAUGCAGCUUCAAGAUAUUACGACCAAAAAAUUGGACCUCAAAAGACGCUUGUUUAGAAAUAAAUAAAUAUCUGGAGCCAACUCCUUUCGAAGACGUCCUGAAGAGCAAAGCGCUCAACCUGACCAAGCGAUUUCCGUCAGCAUUCGCUGCUUCCAUUUGCCAACGAGCGAACGGAAGUCUGGUUACAUCCGACUACCCCUUUAUUGCAAAUCUAAGCAGCAUUGCGAAAAACGAGAGCAGAUAUUAUUCAUUGGCAGGCACGGGCAAACCAGUAGAUGUAUUUAUGGGUGCAGAACCAUUCAUUCAUUGCGUGCUUCUGGACGAAAUUUACGAAGACUCUCAGGGAGUUUACCGCUGGUGUGACACGUCGAAAGUGGUUCCUAAGGAAGCCACUUCUUCCUAUCUAUUCUCGACGACGUUUGCCAAUUUCUACGAUGGCUCAUCUAGGUCUCAGAAAUAUCAGCAACAGCCUGCGAACGAAGCCUUUUCCAAUGUUGCUUUGUUUUUCUGCAAGUUUGAUAAAUCGUUUUUGGCGCAUUGUGAUUCACUGAAUCUAACGAGCGCUUGAUGAGCCCCAUUAAUUUAAAUUUUGCAAUUGUUUGAUUACAUGUGUGAUUUACGUUUUUAAUUUUUGGUGUUGGCUAUUGUGGUCUAGAUUAUUUUAAACCCAUGAGUAAAUUGCGGCAAGCUCCAAUAAUUGAAUGUAAAUGAAGCAAAAUAAAAAGAUUUUGUCUCAGCUAUAA